AUGCUGUUCGUCGACAAGUACCGACCGAAAGCGCUCUCCGAGCUGCACUACCACCAAGAUCUCUCUAAGCGGCUCUCAUCGUUGGCAGACCAUGAAGAUUUCCCACACAUGCUCAUGUACGGUCCAUCAGGAGCUGGCAAAAAGACUCGCAUUGCCUGUCUCCUUCGCCAACUCUACGGUCCCGGCACUUACAAGCUCAAGAUCGAUCAGAGAGUAUUUGUGACGCCUUCGAAUCGCAAGAUCGACGUUAAUAUUGUCUCAUCCAACUACCACAUUGAAUUGACGCCUUCGGAUGCGGGCAACUACGAUCGAUUGGUGAUCCAGGACAUCUUGAAGGAGAUUGCACAGACGCAAAAUGUGGAUUUGAACGCCAAACAUAGGUUCAAGGUGGUAGUGAUCAAUGAAGCCGACUCGUUAAGUAGGGAUGCACAGAGUGCGUUGAGGAGGACUAUGGAGAAGUACAUGGGCAAUUUGAGGUUAGUCUUGUGCGCGACAAGCACGAGCAAAAUUAUCGGUCCAAUUCGAUCACGUUGUCUGUUGCUCCGAGUCGGUGCGCCAACAGAUGAAGAGAUCAAAACGGUACUCAACCACGUAGCGAAAAAGGAACGCUUCAACAUCCCCGAUGCUGUGCAAACCCAAAUUUGCGACGACUGCAAUGGCAAUCUUCGAAAAGCUAUGCUCGUACUCGAAGCUCUCCGGAUGCAAUCGCCCGAUCUAUCCGGUGGUAUCGGUAUUGCCAAACCGGAUUGGGAGAUCUAUAUUACGAAAACCGCCGACCUGAUCCUCUCGGAUCCAUCACCACAAAACCUGCUCGCUGUACGAUCCAAGCUCUACGAGCUCCUCGUGCACGCCAUUCCCCCAACGCUCAUCCUCAAGCAUCUCACCGAUAAUCUGGUCAAGAAGGUCGAUGCGCAGGUAAAAGCCGCCAUCGUCCAGAAGGCCGCGUUUUAUGAGCUGAGGACGAGGACAGGUAGCAAGGUCAUCUUUCAUUUAGAAGCGUUUGUUGCCGCAGUGAUGCAUAUUCAGAAGAGCUUCUUGUUGGGCAUGACGUGGGAUGACUGA